CGCUGGGCCUCUGAUUGUCCCGCAAAAGAAUGCCUGCACAGGGCCUUGAAACUCGGGGCUAAAGGGAAGGAGGUGGACAACUUUGUGGACCAGCUCAAGUCUGAGGGGGAAACCAUCAUCUCCACCUCAGGAAAGAGAGGCUCCGACGUCUCCAAAGUCCUGCCACCACCAGUCAACAUGGAGAGCGUUCAUCUGCGCGUGGAGGAGAAGAUCUCGCUGGCCUGCGGCCGUGAUGGCGGCCUGCAGAACAUGGAGGUGCUGGGCAUGGUGACGCUGCGAGUCACAGAUGAGAAAAACGGACGCAUCCGCCUCAUCAUCAACAACAACGACAACAAGGGACUGCAGCUUCAGACGCAUCCUAAUGUGGACAAGAAGUUAUUCACAGCGGAGUCUGUGAUUGGCCUGAAGAACCCAGAGAAGUCGUUCCCUCUCAACAACGACGUUGGUGUCCUGAAGUGGAGGCUGCAGACGACAGACGAGUCCCUCAUCCCUCUAACCAUAAACUGCUGGCCUUCAGAGAGCGGCUCCGGCUGCAACGUCAACAUCGAGUACGAGCUGCAGGAGGAGAACCUGGAGCUCAACGACGUCGUCAUCUGCAUCCCCGUCCCGUCUGGCGUGGGGGCCCCUGUGAUCGGAGACCUGGAUGGAGAAUACAAACACGACAGCCGGCGGAACCUCCUGGAGUGGUGCCUACCAGUCAUCGAUGCCAACAACAAAACCGGCAGCCUGGAGUUCAGCAUCGCCGGCCAGCCCAACGAUUUCUUUCCCAUCAAUGUGUCCUUUGUGUCCAAGCACAGCUACUGUGACAUUCAGGUUACCAAAGUGUCUCACGUAGAUGGCGACAGCUCCGUCAGAUUCUCUACAGAAACCUCCUUUGUUGUUGACAAAUACGUAAUCGAGUAAAAAAAAAAAAAAAUGUUGGAAGAAAAUGACAAAACG